AGUCACGAAUAUAACACAAAUAUUGACUAAAUGUGCUAGAGAGUAUCGAAGAAGGAAAGGCGGAGGAAAAGGGGCAGUUUCAAUAGUGGCGGAUCAUAGUCAUGAAGCGGGUUACGAGUGUUAAGGGUGUAAGAUUAUAAAAUUGACUGAAAAAAUACAAAAGAAAAGGAUUAUGUGUGUGAGUGAGCAAAUGUGUUAAUCAACGAUAAAAAAAGUUAUGUGUUGCUACGGUUGUAUCCCUCAAACUUAUCUUAGUUAUUCAACUCUUUCUAAUUUAAAACAUAUUUUGUCAGCAUGCGUAAUGAAAUUAUCUAAAUAGACCUCUAUAAUUAUGACUUUUACCGAUGUUGACAAUAAUAAUCUGUUUAACGUUUGUUUUUUCAUAGUUUGGUGUAGUUUCUGACAGUUUUUUUGUUUCAUCUGACUUGAUACGCUUAUGAAUUCUCUUUUUUAUUUACAAAUAAAUUGAUUUUUCUGGAGCUUAAAGACAUAAACAAAUGGAGCUAUUCGAAGCGUUCAUUUCACAAACUUUCUAUAAAUACUAGUAGAUUCGUUUCGUAUUAAAUUAAUCAGUAUUAUUGAUAGGUUAUCUCUCCCAAGUAUUGACAUAAAAUAGACGAAACGAUUCUGAUUUCAUGAAAAAUUGACAAUCGAAAAAUAAAGUGUUAAUUGAUCACUGUAUUGAAAUACAUUAAUACUAGAUAAAUGUUUGUAUACCUUAUGUACAUAUUGUGUAUUCAAAGAUGAAGCGAUUAAAAAGAAGUUGCGAAAUAAUCAAGUGAUUAGUAAGGAGUACUUAGAUUCAGAUUAAUAACUUUGUAAAUGAAAAUACAGAUAUAAAAGUGUCAUAUCGAAUUCGUUUUGUAUUUGUCAUCAGACACUCAAUUUUUGGUGUUUCAAUUUAGAAAAUUCUUAAUAUCAAAAUAAGAAUUAAUUAAUUAGAAAAAAAAUGCUUGUUGAAAAUGAAACUAUUAAGGCAGAUAGCAAAAGACUGAUACAAAUAUUAUCGUAAUGCAGAAGGAAAGAAACACUAAUCAACUCUGCGUUCACAAUAUGUAUAAACCUAUAACAAGGAUUCAACUCGAUGAUUUCUAACAGAAUGCAAUUAUGAUGGCGACUACACUAUCGAAAAGACUUCCACUAUUCAUGACAGCAUUAAGUCAAGAAGACAAUCAGGCAUAGAAAAAUACACCUAUUGUCUCAUUGUUUCCGCAAAUGAUAAUCAUAAAUUGUUGAAAAAUGUAUGCUGCUGCAGGAGGAACUAGCGUUGCUAAUCGAAGAAAACAGAAGCAAAUCAGCAAACAACGACCUUCACAAAUUUUGAACGGCCCAAAAACUUCGCGUGGUAGAUAUAUUGCCGAGUCAGGAUUGUGUAUCUCAAAAAAUGCAAGAAGCCACACGCUUGCACAGCAGAAUUUAGUCGUAUCUCAACAAUCUCACUAUUCUGCACCAUCAUCCACAUUUUACAAUUUUUCCCAGGUUAAUCAUCGAAAUCAUACUCACAAUCUCCACUAUUUUAAACAUCGAAGACUGAUUGCUGAAAAAGUGAAGCUACAUCGUUUUCUGGCACCUCCGCUUUCGCCGAUUCAAUUUUCCAUAUCACCACCACCACUCUCAUUGGAGUCGACAACCUCCACCACGCAUCCAUUAAAAUUCAACAAUUUUCCAUUUCCACCGCCAUCAUUUUUUGAUUUAAGAAUAUCGUCUUCCACUUCUGAAAUACAGUCCGUAAAUAUCAGAUUGCCACUACUUAUUCGGAGCUUCUAAAGAUAUCAACAUUAGUUUGUUAAAUGAGGAUUUAACCUAAAAACAAGACGGAGAAAUAAUAAUGAUUGUUUACA